CGCCAAAAACCGAACAUUAUCGUCAUUAUUGCCGAUGAUAUGGGUUGGAACGAUGUUAGCUUUCAUGGCUCCAAUCAAAUCCCGACACCUAAUAUCGAUGCGCUCGCGUAUAAUGGUGUUAUCUUGAAUAGUCACUAUGUAUCACCUCUUUGUACACCUAGUAGAGCAACAUUAAUGACAGGAAAAUAUCCAAUUCGACUUGGCUUGCAACAUUCAGUUUUAUUACAUGCCGAACCAAGAGGACUUUCUUUGAAUGAAACAUUACUUCCCCAGUACUUAAAAAAGGCUGGCUAUGUAACGCAUGCCAUUGGUAAAUGGCACUUAGGAUAUUAUAAAAAAGUCUACACUCCUACCUAUCGUGGUUUCGAUACGUUCUUUGGGUAUUAUAACGGCCUUCAAGACUAUUACACGCAUAAUAGUGCCGAUUUGAGUGAACCAAACGCGUUGGAAGGUUUUGAUAUGCGACGAAAUCUCUCGAUUGCCUGGGAUACAUUAAAUAAAUAUUCAACCGAUUUAUUUACGGAGGAAUCAGUAAGACUUAUCAAUUCUCACGAUACCAAAGAUCCAAUGUUUCUUUAUCUCGCACAUUUAGCGCCACAUAGUGGAAAUUCUAAUGAUCUUUUACAAGCACCCGAUGAAGAAAUAGCAAAGUUUGGAUAUAUCAAUGAUCCAGAAAGAAGAACUUAUGCAGCGAUGGUUUCUAAAUUGGAUCAAAGCGUAGGCGAAGUGGUUGCAGCUUUAAGAAAUCGUGGAAUGUUGGAAAAUAGUAUUAUAUUAUUUAUCAGUGAUAACGGAGCGCCAACAAUAAAAACUUUAAGUAAUCAUGGUAGCAAUUAUCCCUUUAGAGGUAUAAAAGAAACCCCUUGGGAAGGUGCUGUACGAGGAGUCGCAGCUAUUUGGAGUCCAUUCAUAAAAAAAUCAAAGAGAGUCUCGAACCAAUUAAUGUCUAUUGCCGAUUGGCUUCCAACGCUACUUUCUGCGGCAGGAUUAGACAAAAGCCAAUUAGAUAAGAUAGACGGUUUGGAUCUCUGGGAAACUAUAGCGGGAAAUCGUACUAGUCCUCGAUCCGAAAUACUUAUUAAUAUCGAUGACAUUAGCAAUUAUGCUGCCAUUCGUUAUGGAGAUUUUAAAUAUAUUACUGGUAAUACUGGUAUUAGCGAUGAAUGGCUAGGAGAGAGUGGCAAACCAAGCGAAAAAUCUGGUUUUCCACCAGCAUACGAUCCAAAUCAAAUUCUGCAAAGCAAAGUUGGUAUCGCUAUUGCUGGUGUGGUUACUGCUCAAGAGGUGAUGGAGUCGAGAAGAAGAAGAAGCGUUGGCGUUGAAGAUUAUAUUAAUAAAGAAUUCCAAAGGAUGAUGUUAACUGCAGAUCAAUUACUUGAUUUACGAAAGAAAUCAGAAAUUAAAUGCAAUAUUAAAAAAGAAGAUAUGAUAAAAUGCAAUGCUCUACUAGCACCUUGUUUAUUCAACAUCAUUAACGAUCCUUGUGAAAUGAUAAAUUUAGCUGGAUCGAAACCACAUGUUCUUGCCUCAUUGGAACGAGCUAUACUGAAGCACCGAUUUAACAUAGUAAACCCGAUUAAUCAAAAAUUAGAUGAUUUGGCGAAUCCAUUGCUACACAACAAUACUUGGAUCAGUUGGGGCGAUAUUGAAAAUUUAAACAAGACCAUAGAAUUAAUGAAUCAUUUACAAAACAAAAAUUCUGUUAAAUAUCCCGGUGUAUUACUGGCAGCAAUAUUUAUACUCGUUGGUAUUUUUAUCUUGGGUGUAAUAACCCUUUUUGCAUUGGCAUGUGGAAAACAAUACAAGAUAAAGAACAGAAGAGACCCUCCGAAGAAUAAAAGAAAUCUUAUUAUAGUUAAAAAUGUCAAUGAGAUCAAAAGAUACUCCAUAUCGGAUAAUGAGGACCAAAAUAAUUCUACUACGAAAGAUUUUACUAUGAAAUGACGAUUAGUUUCAAGGUGCACGACU